CUGUCAAAAUCAUCUGAUAUUGACCGCUGAUAAAACAAAAUAGUCCGUGUAAUCGAAAGCCUGGAUAUUUAUUAUAGCAUUUUAUAAGUUUAAUAUUGAUAUUAUAAACAUCUCGAUAUGUCUGGUUUACUUAAAAAGGUGCCGUUUCAUCGUGUUAGUUGUAAUGUGUUGCGAACAUUUGUGUCAUCUCACGUACGAACGAGCGAUGCUAAAAUCCCAAAAAACGUGAUAGCCGAUCUUUCUACGUCCCAGUACCAACAAGCGAACGGUGUGGUUUAUGACAAGAAACCUUUCAAAAUCGAACUUGUUGAAGGCAAACGCUAUUCUUGGUGUUUGUGUGGUAGAUCAAAGUCACAGCCUCUCUGUGAUGGCACCCACAAGCUGGAGCAGUAUAAAAUCACGCAAAGACCUGUGCGGUUCCAAGUGGAAAAGAGUGGCACCUACUGGUUAUGCAACUGCAAGCACACAAAAAAUCGUCCUUUCUGUGAUGGGACGCAUAAAAAUCAGGACAUUCAGAAAACAGCAGGAAAGUGAAUUACAAUUCGAUUUGCAUUUUGUUAGUAGUACAGAUUAAUUACACUAUUCGGAAUAAUUAGGCGCUUUGUUAAUAAAAUUCUGAAAGGAUUGGUAUCUAGUUUUUCUACGGAUUUAUAU